UUUUUAAAGGAAAUUCUUCAAAUUGAUUUAAUUUUUUGUGUUUAAUUUGUAUCUUAUUGUCAAAAGUGAAUAAUAAAGUGCAUUUUAAGGCUCAUUAAGACUAAGCCAAGUCAAGGAAUUCAAGAGAGAUUCUCGUAAUUUGGAAAAAAAUGAGAUGUGUGUAAAAAUAUUUCUUUGAAUGUAAGGAAAGAAAAAAAAAAAGAUGAAAGAAUAAGAAAUCACAAAAAUGUAUAAGUAAAAAAAAAGAGAAUAAGAAGCAGAAGAGGCAGCAAAGAAGAAGAGAAAAUAUCUUGAAAGUCUGCAAGAAGUAAUAAUAACUUUCCUAGAUUUGUGUUGGUAUAUUUCAUGUUUUUGUGGCCGUAGAGCAAAAAAAAAUAUAGAAAAAAUAAUAAAUAUAUAGACGUGCUGAGAGAAAUUAAGUGCAAGUGUAUAAAAAAUUUAGAGACAUUGGAUAUUGACGAUUGGAAUUAAGAUUGAUGAAUGAAAAGAAAAUAAGAAAAAAUUUAUGAGUACAUAAGAGCAAUCAAACAGGACUGACCAACAAGCAGAAUCGCUCAUUUUGGAAAAGGAUACAAUUGACCUACAUUGUCAUCAAUCAAUAUCGCAAUAAAAAGACGCCCACAACCCACAGCACAAAAGAAACAGAAGUAGAAAUAUAGAUGCAUUCAUCUAGUCACUGAUUUAAUUUUGUUUGAUACAAAGUUGUUACAAUAAAGAAGAAAAUAAGACAGUUACACAAUCACAUGUGCAGCAGUAAGUUAAAGAACAAGGGAAAGACGAAGGAAGUGAAAUUUUUAUUGGAUAAUUGAAGUUUGAUCAAGACAGACCAUAAAAUUGAAGAACAAAGGAAGGAAAGAAGAUAAUUAAUAACAAUCGGUCAUAUCCAUAAAUAUAGCAACACAAACAAAACCACAAAACAAUAUGUCUAAUGAUGAAGUUCGAUGGUGCGAUAAUGAGAAAAAGAAUGACAGGAUUGACAGUACAACGAGUAACAAUGUCAAUGCCUCAUAUACAUUUCUUUCCGUUUAUCACAUAAACAACAAUAACAUCGUCCAUGACGACGACAGUAACAAAGAUGAUGAUCAAAUUAAUGUAAUUAAUAUUCAUAAGCACCGUAAUAUUCAUAUAAAACGUGAUAGUAGAAAUAAUUAUAAUUUUUAUGAUGAUUAUGAUAAUUCCACUGAUUCCACAACAAGAUCAACGUGUCAGUAUCAUCAUUCACAUCAGCAACAUGAUCACCAUCAAAAGCAUUCAUCAACAUAUAGAAGAAAAUAUUAUCAAAUUGUCAAUGUAUGUCUCAUCGUUAUGCUGCAUGUUUUAUGUAAUUUCCUUGUAACUAGUGUAAAUUGUGAUGAAAUAAUGGAUUCUGUUGGAGCACGUGGACAUUUUACACACACAUGGGCUGUGCACAUUCCCGGCGGUGAGAACGUAGCCAAACUGGUUGCUGAUGAUCACGGGAUGAUUUUUAGAGGAAGGAUAAUUGACGAUCAUUAUCAUAUGGAGCAUCGAUCAAUAGCGAAACGAUCAAUAUCACCAUCACAUCAUCACCAAAGACGCCUCAAUGAAGACAAUAGAGUGGUGUGGUCGAAACAGCAAACGGCAAAGUCGAGACAAAAGCGCGACUUUACACGACUGAAACCAAAAUCAGUUUCGAAACUCCUUAAUGAUCCAAAAUGGUCUAGCAUGUGGUAUUUAAAUCGCGGAGAUGGCUUAGACAUGAAUGUUGUACCAGCAUGGCGUGAAGGAAUCACUGGAAAAGGUGUUGUUGUAACGAUAUUGGAUGAUGGAUUGGAGACGGAUCAUCCUGAUUUGGAGCGAAAUUAUGACCCGGAGGCAAGUUGGGAUGUAAAUAGUCAUGAUGCUGAUCCAAUGCCCCACUAUGAUAUGACUGAUUCAAAUCGUCACGGGACACGAUGUGCUGGUGAAGUUGCAGCGACUGCUAAUAAUUCACUUUGUGCCGUUGGAAUUGCCUAUAGUGCAAGAGUCGGUGGUGUUCGUAUGCUUGAUGGAGAUGUGACAGAUUCAGUUGAGGCGAUGUCAUUGGGAUUAAAUCCUCAACACAUUGAUAUAUAUAGCGCAUCAUGGGGUCCUGAUGAUGAUGGAAAGACAGUUGAUGGACCGGGUGAAAUGGCAACGAAAGCAUUUAUUGACGGCGUGACAAAAGGUCGAGCUGGAAAAGGUAGUAUUUUUGUGUGGGCAUCAGGAAAUGGUGGUCGAGAACAAGAUAACUGCAACUGUGAUGGAUAUACAAAUUCAAUAUGGACAUUGUCAAUUUCAAGUGCUACAGAAUACGGUGACAUUCCAUGGUAUUCCGAAAAAUGUAGUUCAACGCUCGCCACAACAUAUAGUAGUGGUCAACAAAAUGAGAAGCAAGUCGUGACGACAGAUUUACAUCAUAUGUGUACAUCAUCACACACUGGAACGUCAGCAUCAGCGCCAUUGGCUGCUGGCAUCGUUGCAUUAGCAUUAGAAGCAAAUCCUAAUUUGACAUGGCGUGAUAUGCAGCAUAUAGUUGUUCGUACCGCCAAUCCAGCAAAUUUAGGCAAGUCAUCAAAUGAAUGGACAGUAAAUGGAGUGGGACGAAAAGUUUCCCAUUCCUUUGGAUAUGGAUUGAUGGAUGCGGCAGCAAUGGUUCGUUUAGCACGUGUUUGGGAAACUGUACCAGAGCAGCAGCGUUGUGAAAUUCACAGCCCACAUUUGGACAAGCCAAUUCCACCGAAAAGAAAUGUAACAUUUACAUUAAAAGUAGAUCAUUGUAAAGGCGUCAAUUUUUUGGAGCAUAUACAGGCGAGAAUAACAUUAACAACCCAACGUCGUGGUGAUAUUGUGAUAUAUUUAACAUCGCCAUCUGGCACACGAACGUGCUUAUUGACGGAGAGAGUUCACGAUAUAUCCCGCUCAGGCUUCGGUGAUUGGCCGUUCAUGACUGUUCAUCAGUGGGGUGAGGCGCCACAUGGUACCUGGGAGCUGGAAAUUCACAAUAAAGGACGUUAUAUGGGUCAAAUAACACAAUGGAAUCUAAUAUUUUAUGGGACAAGUGACCCACCCCAAAGGAAUGAUCCACCUCGUUAUCCAAGUGGCAAUAAUAAGAAGACUGUCAAUGAUUUCAUUCACAAUUCAUUGGAAAAUUCACAAUGGGGCUUUAUAACGCAAGAUGUUGCAGAAAUGGGAUCUCACUCAGAUGUUCAACGAACUGUUGAUGAUGACUUAACCAGUUCCGCAUGCUUACAUUAUUCCGAUAACAAUAAAAGCUUUUGUUUAGAAUGUGCACAUCAAACCUUUAUAUUCGAUGGAAGAUGCUAUAAUACAUGUCCCGAGCGUUCAUUUAUCGUGCCAGAGAAAGUAUCUGAGAAUAUUGAGUCAAAAGGAUUAUCCGUAAAGAAGAGACGGCAUGCGAUGAAUAUUGAUGAGUUUGAUAGCUUAGACGAUAUCAUUGGCAAGACGAAUAGAGCAAUUUCAUCAUCAGAAUCAUCCAUUACUCCACAGAAGCUAUGUGGAUCAUGUCAUGAUGUCUGUUCAAAAUGUAAUGGUCCCACUGAAAAUGACUGCCUGACGUGCGACUCCGAUUAUAAUCAAAUCAUUAUUGGAUCACGGAUUAUAUGUCAUCGAAAAGCGAACGAUGACGAAAAUAUCAAUUCGUCGGCAACGGCAACGAUGAUGGCACCGGAAAUUGUAAAUGAUGGAAACAAAUCAGUCCUUAAUAGCAUCACAAAUCAACUGAAAAAUUAUUCUAUCGAGAAAAUUGUCCUCAUUAGUUCAAUGAUUGGAAUUUUGUUAAUGAUUAUAUCCAUUUGCAUUUACCUCGUCUACAUUAAAUGUGAUUGUGACAUUUUAUCAACUGUUUACGGUAAGACUAAACAGCUUUUAUGUCGAGUAUCGUCGAAAAAUUCAACUGGUGUUGAGCGGGAGAAAUAUUCAUAUAAUAUUGUGGAAAUGGAGGAACGAUCUCCAUUGACAACCGUCCAACCUGAUUCUCAAAUUUUACAUGGUGUUUAUCAUGACGAUGACGAUGAUGACGAGGAUUCCGAUAUUUCAGAAACAUGAGGAAAGACAACGCAUUUUAUCGUUCCAUUGAACAAGCAUUUUAAUUCAAUUUUACAUUCUAAUUUAAUUAGCGUUUCUACUUGUGUGGAAAUUUAUUAGCCAAUGGGAAGAUUUUGUCAGAUUCUUUUGCAUUUAUCGAUUUUCAAUUUUAA